AUGUCUGACAGUGAUCCCGGCUUUGUCGCCGCCCUUGAAGAGGCCAAGAAGGGCUAUGAAGAAGGCGGCAUUCCAAUCGGCGCUUGCAUCGUGUCCAAGGACGGCAAGAUCCUGGGCCGCGGCCACAACAUGAGGAUUCAAAAGGGCAGCGCCACGCUUCACGGUGAGAUCUCGGCGCUCGAGAAUGCAGGCAGACUUCCAGCCUCAGCCUACGAGGGUUCGACCAUGUACACAACUCUUUCGCCUUGCGACAUGUGCACUGGUGCCUGCAUCCUGUACAAAGUGAAGCGCGUUGUUUUGGGCGAAAACAACACCUUUCUCGGUGGUGAAGACUACCUCAGGUCCAAGGGUAUUGAGGUCAUCAACGUCAAGAGUGCCGAGUGCGAGGCUUUGAUGAAGAAGUUCAUCGCCGAGAGACCGGGUGAUUGGAACGAAGAUAUUGGGGAACAGUAA